AUGGCGCUCUUAUGUAAAUGGAAAUGGAGGAUUCUGUCGGAAUUGGAUUCAGUUUGGCACAGUGUUUUGAAAGCUAGAUAUGGAGACUUAGCGCUUUCGGUGACUUUCGGAAGACGAAGAGGCAAGGGGAAUGGCAUUUUUUCUUCUUGGUGGGCUGAUAUUCUUAAGCUAGAAAAUUAUAUUGAGAAGCACUUCUUUACCUGUGACUACCGGUUUACAGUAGGCAAUGGACGUAUCCUUAGCGUGAAUGGGCGGAUGGAACAACGGGAUCUAGAUUCUUGCUUUAAGUUCUUAUUUGGUUAUGAUAAUUUAACGGACAAAUAUAAGCUGGUGGCCUUCCAUCUCAAUGAAGUUAGAGUUCUCACUUUCGGUGAUAAUGUUUGGAGAAAUAUUCAAAGUUUUCCUACCAAUCCUUAUGAGUAUAAUUCCAACCAUGCCAAUGCUGGUGUCUAUUUGAGUAAUAGUCUUAACUGGUUUGCCCUUCGUGAUAACAUCCGACCUAAUUAUUACGGUUGUAAAUAUCUUAGUAUUCAACAAUUUGUAAUUGUCUCACUUGAUUUGAGAAUAGAGACCUACACAGAGCUUCAGUUCCCCCGAGGUUUUGAUCAAGUGCCGGUUGUUCCCCCAAUUGUUUGGGUGCUGAUGGAAUGUCUUUGUUUUUCUCACUAUUCUAACGGGUGUAAUUUUGUUAUAUGGCAGAUGAAAGAGUUUGGAGUAGAAGAGUCUUGGACAAAAUUGCUUAAAUUUGAUUAUCAUAAUAUACUUCACAGUGAUUCCUAUGAAGUUGUUAGUUUGUUGCCAUUAUAUGUUUUUGAGAAUGAAGAUAUGCUGAUAUUCUCUCCCAAUCUCAAACAACUAAUUUGUUAUAAUUGGAGAGAAAAUAGAGUAGUAAGGCAAGAUACCGUUACAGACAGCACAUUCAUGCGUUUGUAUACUGCCAAUCAGUACGUUGAAAGUUUGGUUUCGACGUAUUGA